AUGGCCGCCGCCUCAUCCACCUCGAUUCUUUCUUCCAUGGAACCUCAACGCAUGAAAAAGGGCCCACGGCACGCGGUAGACAAGGCUUGCUCAACGAACAUCCGUAGAAAUGAUCCCAGGGGGAAGGCUGCAAGGAUAUGGCUUCGUCCGGCAAGAUGGCGAACGUACGGAUAG